UGACACAAAACGUUUGAAACAGCUUCAAGCCUCAGAGUUCGUCACAGUCGCGGUGGGAGGGGGACCGUACAGGAGUUACACUCGUUCCUGUAUUGAUGAGCCUUUCACCGCUACUGGAACAUUCAGUGCAAUACCCGAGAGUAUUCCUCUAUACCUGCAACACUAGUGAACACCAGAGCCAAGUCUGUCAUCAUGUCUGGUGGUCCAGCGGUGAGGAUCAGCAUCGAGUCUUCCUGUGAGAAGCAGGUGCAGGAAGUGGCCCUGGAUGGGACAGAGACCUAUGUCCCUCCUCUAUCCAUGUCCCAGAACUUGGCAAAGUUGGCACAAAGAAUUGACUUCAGCCAGGGAUCCGACUCAGAGGAGGACGUUGAGGGGGAACCCAAGGACCGAGAGUGGGGCAAGCAGGAUGGAGAGGAAGAAGAAGGCACUGUAAAGUUUCAGCCAUCUCUUUGGCCCUGGGAUUCGGUGCGUAACAACCUCCGCAGCGCCCUCACAGAGAUGUGUGUACUCUAUGAUGUGCUCAGUGUGGUGAAGGAGAAGAAGUACAUGGCUUUAGACCCAGUGUCUCAGGAUCCAGCAGCUGGAAAGACACCACAGGUUUUCCAGCUGAUCAGUAAAAAGAAAUCAUUGGCCACAGCAGCUAUGAUCCUUCAGAAGGGAGCAGAAAAGCUCAGUAAGUCAGUCGCAGAGAACCAGGAGAACAGGAGGCAAAGGGAUUUCAACUCUGAGCUGCUGCGGCUGCGCUCACAGUGGAAACUACGCAAAGUUGGAGACAAGAUCCUGGGAGACCUCAGCUACCGCAGUGCAGGCUCCCUUUUCCCCCAUCAUGGCACAUUUGAAGUGAUCAAAAAUACUGACAUUGAUCUGGACAAAAAAAUCCCAGAGGACUACUGCCCACUGGAUGUCCAGAUCCCCAGUGACCUGGAGGGGUCUGCUUACAUCAAGGUGUCCAUUCAGAAACAAGCUCCUGACAUUGGUGAUCUGGGAACCGUCAGCCUUUUCAGACAACAGCAAAAGAACAAAGCUGGUACGCAGCCAUGGCACGUGAAAUUGGAGGCGGCUCAGAAUGUUUUGCUCUGUAAGGAGAUCUUCGCCCAGCUGUCCAGGGAGGCAGUUCAGAUCAAAUCCCAGAUCCCUCACAUUGUUGUGAAAAACCAGAUCAUCUCACAGCCAUUCCCAGGUUUGCAGCUGUCAAUCUCACUGUGCCAUUCUACGGGGGAGAAGAAGAACAACCGGGCAUCUCCAGAGAAACCCAAACCGGAUGACCACCUUUACGUACUAGAACACAAUCUGCAUCAGAUGAUGAGAGAGUUUCACAAGCAGCAGCUGAGCUCUGUGGUGAUGCCGCACCCUUCUAGCGCCCCCUUUGGCCACAAACGUCUGCGGCUGGCAGGGCCACUGGCCUAUGACAAGGCAGAAAUCUCCAGUUGGCAGCAGACUGAGGGGCUGCUGGAGAAGAUCAUCAAACAGGCCAAACACAUCUUCCUACGUAGCAGGACGGCACGGACCAUCGAUAGUCUGGCCAGUCGGAUUGAAGACCCGCAGAUCCAGGCUCACUGGUCCAACAUUAAUGACGUAUAUGAGUCCAGUGUCAAAGUGCUCAUCACUUCACAAGGCUACGAGCAGAUCUGCAAGUCCAUCCAGCUGCAGCUGAACAUCGGUGUGGAGCAGAUCAGGGUGGUGCACAGAGAUGGACGUGUGGUCAUGCUGUCACAUCAGGAACAGGAGCUGCAAGACUUUCUCCUCUCACAGAUGUCGCAGCAUCAGGUACAUGCGGUUCAGCAGCUGGCUAAGGUAAUGGGCUGGCACGUCCUGAGCUUCAGUAACCAUGUAGGUCUGGGCCCAGUGGAGAGCAUCGGAAAUGCCUCCGCCGUCACUGUUGCCUCUCCCAACGGAGAGUACGCCAUCUCAGUACGUAACGGCCCAGAGAGCGGCUGCAAAGUUUUGGUUCAGUUCCCUCGCAGCCAGAUCAAAGAGCUGCCAAAGAGCGACGUCAUCCAGGACGCCAAGUGGAGCCACCUCAGAGGGCCGUACAAAGAGGUCCAUUGGAGCAAGAUGGAGGGCCGAAACUUUGUCUACAAGAUGGAGCUCCUCAUGGCAGCACUGACUCCCUGUCCUUAAGUGCUGACUGUCUAGUGACUCCUCCCACACACAAAAUCACAGUUUAUCUAAAAAGGAAAAUCUUCCUUCAUAGACUCUCUUCCUCACAUUUGAAAGAAUCGACAGCGCUUUCAUUUCUUUUAGUUUUUAACCAACUCGUGGACCGCCAUAAAGUCUGUCCACACAAGUGUCCUCUGCCUGGACUGUGUGUGUAUAUACCUCAAACAGUUUGAUACAAAAUAAAAAGCAGUCUGUCUUGUA